UUGGUUACAGCUGUGUUCAAACACAGUUCCCUGCAACUCCAUACAAGCUGCGACACAUGAACAGAGGACACACCAUUCACACCCAGUUAGCUGAAAUAGCUGGGUAAAAUGGAAUCUGAGGAAACCUACAUUGCAGCUCUAGAAGAAAAAGCUUGUGCUCUUGUAGAAACUGCCAUAAAAAGUGCACAGGACAGCCUGAGAUCCCUAGACACAACACCAGUGGAGGAAAGAGUGAAAGAGCAGGAAGAUGGAAUGAAGAACCUUAAAUGGCUUCCUUGUCAGGAUUUCACCGUGGAGCUGGGGAAAAAGCAAAUUGAAGAAUAUGUCUCUACUUGGGAAUUCCAUGAGAGCUGGCUGUACUGUACAGAUUUUCUGAAAGAAGAGGAGAAAGAGUUUAGCAAACUCUUUCAUUACAGAAUGAGAUGGAGUAUCCCAACCUGCAGGAAACCAAUUCCCAGGGCAACUGCCUGUGUCUACUUUACAAUAAAGGCCUCCAAAAUUAAACCCCCUAAUUUACCAGUGGAAGUAUUUUUUAUCUUUGAAUCAAACAGACUUGUGCACAGACCUGGACAGACACGAUUCAGAGAAAAAUGGCUGAAGGAUAUAAUUGAAAGCAAGAUUAUAAUGAUGGACCAUGUAACAUUUUAAUUGUACAGCUCUCAGUAAAAAGUGAUCUCUCACUUCAAAGAAUGAUUUCUAACAACUUUUUUUCACAAAGGAAAUCUUGAAGCAAAAAAUGUGAAACUAUGUAUAACCGAUUUAUGGUCAAACUAAUCAAUCUGUUCUGUUAUCAAUUAUGGUACAUCAGCAACUACAACCCAGUAAUGCAGUGAUAAAGAUGUAAGUGUUCAACCUCAUCAGAAGGAUGUAAAUUGCUCUAAUAGGCAAACUGCUCUCAAGUCUUUAAAUUACAUCUAAAAUUGGUUUAUUCCGGGAAAUAUAAUACAACAAAAACAUUUGGCAUUCUGGGAUAAUUAAAUACAGCAUCACAUGCUGAUACCUGAGGGUUCCAGGUUACCAACAGCUUUUAUACAUAUACGUCAAUUUAAUAACUGAAACAUUACUGUAUGUACAGAUUCAACAUCAUGUCAUCAUUACUGUAUUAAAGAGCCUAUCUGUCUGGCGGUAAAUCUAAAUAAGAGAACCAAAGUCUCAAGAUUGAGAGCAUGUUGGAAUGUAAUAUGACUUUGUAUUUACUAUGUAUUAUGUAUUGUAGAAUGUCUUCUUUGGGUCAGUACAUAUGUACACUUUAUACUGUAACUUGCUCACUAUAAACUAUACCCACGCAUUUUACAGGCAGUCAUAAGGACAGACAUCGCUAGGCGAUAACAUCUAUUAGAUGUAAGACACUCAUAUCUGGUAAGCUAUUUUUUGUAUCUUGAAGUAAAUUUCAUUGUAUUGUAUUUCACCUAUAAGUAGCAAAGUGUUGUGCUGUAAAAUUGCACUGACAGAUGUUUUCUUGUACUCCUGUGUCCAUGGGGGUCAUUCUGAGUUGAUCGCUCGCUAGCUAUUUUUUGCAGCGCUGCGAUCAGAUAGUCGCCGCCUAUGGGGGAGUGUAUUUUUUGCUUGCAAGUGUGCGAACGCCUGUGCAGCCGAGCUCUGCAAAAACAUUUUGUGCACUUUUUAAGUAGGUCUGAACUUACUCAGCCCUUGCGAUCACUUCAGCCUGUCUGGUACCGGAAUUGACGUCAGACACCAGCCCUGCAAACGCUUGGACACGCCUGCUUUUUUCCAAACACUCCAUGAAAACGGUCAGUUUACACACAAACGCCCUCUUCCUGUCAAUCUUCUUGCAAUCGUCUGUGCGAAUGGAUUCUUCGUUAAAUCCAUCGCCCAGCACCGAUCCGCUUUGUACCCGUACGACGCGCCUGCGCAUUGUGGUGCAUACGCAGUUUUGCCAAGUUGUGACCUGAUCGCAGCACUGCAAAAAAUAGCUAGCGUGCGAUCAGAUCGGAAUGACCCCCCAUGUCUCCUGACUUGUUCUCUUUGUUACCUAUAAUUACUUCCUAUACACUGUAUUUGUGUGUCUGCUCCAACUUUAUAGGUUGCCUGAUGCUGCAUGUUCUUUUCUCGGAUAUGCAUUGUUAUAUAUGCUCUACUUCACCACUGUUCGGCGCUGAUAUAAGCUAUCUCUUAUGUGCAUCCCAUUUUACAUAUGCACUUACUGUAGCAGUAUAGCCAUGACUUUCUGUACAACUUGCAGACAGCCGCUUAGAUAAUUCCAUAUUACAUUAGCAACUAUAGCAGAACCGUUUUAUUAAAAGAAACUUGAUGCAUUGUUAACAGUCAACAAAUAAGUGUCCCAUGUAAAAAUACUAAUUCUUUGCAUUUCUUUCACUUUCCCAAAAAUAAAUACAGUAAAUUAUGAUAAAUUUUUAA